AGUACCGCUGUUUUUUUAGUUGGAAGUUUCAAUUUGAGACUGCACGUACAAUAAGUAUGUAAGACGGACGUAUACUAGUAAGUAACUAAGAUAGAAAGUGAGCACCUGGGGGACGUCACUCUGCCCUACUUUGUAGAGAAGUCCUCGAACGCUCUGCACUUCCUCAAACGGUUGAAUCACAGAACGAGAAACUGGGCGGAAGGGAAGAAGGGAAAACCCACUACUUUUUGCAAGAGAGGCUGUGUGCGAGUGGCUUCCAUGGCACCCUUCCUGCGAAUUGCGUUUAAUGCCUAUGAUCUUGGUGCACUUUCACCAAUGACUGAGGCUCCAUUCUGUGCAGUCAAGAUGAAGGAGUCACUCAGCACAGACCGAGGGAAGACUUUGAUUCAGAAGAAGCCCACAAUGUUCCCUGCUUGGCGUGCCAGCUUUGAUGCACAUAUUUAUGAGGGGCGUGUCCUACAGGUGCUACUUAUGCGAACUGCUGAUGACCCAUUGGCCGAAGUCACAUUGGGUGUGUCUGUACUAGCAGAGCGAUGCAAGAAGGCUAAUGGCCGUGCAGAAUUUUGGGUUGAUCUGCAACCUUCAGGAAAACUGAUGAUGUCUGUACAGUAUUUCCUGGAAGAUAUGGACACAGAAGCUCAUCAGUCAGUGGUUCCAGAGGAAGAAGCUCCCAAUCUGAAUCGACGCCGUGGGGCAAUAAAACAGGCCAAGAUCCACUUCAUCAAAAACCAUGAGUUUAUCGCCACCUUCUUUAGACAGCCCACCUUCUGCUCUGUCUGCAGAGACUUUGUGUGGGGGCUCAACAAACAGGGAUACAAGUGUAGACAAUGUAAUGCAGCUAUCCAUAAGAAGUGCAUUGACAAAAUCAUCGGAAGAUGCACAGGCACAGCGGCUAACAGCCGCGACACGGUGUUUCAGAAGGAGCGCUUUAAAAUUGAUAUGCCACAUCGCUUUAAGACUUACAACUACAUGAGCCCCACCUUUUGUGACCACUGUGGGAGUCUGCUUUGGGGUCUUGUCAAACAGGGAUUAAAGUGUGAGGACUGUGGCAUGAAUGUUCAUCACAAGUGUCAGACUAAAGUGGCAAACCUGUGUGGCAUCAACCAGAAACUACUGGCUGAAGCACUCACUCAAGUCAGCCAGAAGUCCACAAAGCGGCCUGAAGCAAACACAAAUGCGAACACGCCGGAAAUUGCUUUUUAUCAAGAUUAUAAUAAAGGUCCAGGAACUGACACCAGUGAUGGGUCUCCAUAUGGCCACCUGUGGGAGGGUUCAAGUCCUCGCCCUCCAUCUCGGAUCACCCACCAGACACGUAUCACUGCUGAGCACUUCACCUUCCACAAAGUGCUGGGCAAGGGGAGCUUUGGCAAGGUUUUUCUGGCUGAACUUAAGGGCAGCGAGGAGUGGUUUGCUGUGAAAGCCUUGAAGAAAGACGUUGUGCUGAUGGAUGAUGAUGUAGAGUGCACCAUGGUGGAGAAGCGGGUGCUUGCUCUAGCUUGGGACAAUCCCUUCCUUACACACCUCUACUCUACCUUUCAGACCAAGGAGCACUUGUUCUUUGUGAUGGAGUAUCUGAAUGGAGGUGACCUGAUGUUCCAUAUACAGGAAAAAGGACGCUUCGAUCUCUACAGAGCAACGUUCUAUGCAGCUGAAAUUGUGUGUGGUCUGCAGUUCCUCCAUGGAAAAGGCAUCAUCUACAGGGAUCUCAAAUUGGACAAUGUGAUGCUAGAUGGAGAUGGUCAUAUAAAGAUAGCUGAUUUUGGCAUGUGUAAAGAGAGUGUUUUUGGAGACAAUCUCGCCACAACCUUCUGUGGGACGCCAGACUACAUUGCCCCUGAGAUCCUACUGGGUCAGCAGUAUUCAUUUUCAGUGGACUGGUGGUCAUUUGGUGUGCUCGUGUAUGAAAUGCUGAUUGGUCAGUCACCAUUCCAUGGCGAUGAUGAAGAUGAGCUUUUUGAGUCCAUCCGUAUGGACACACCUCACUACCCUCGCUGGAUCACCAUGGAUACCAGAGACAUGCUGGAGCGGCUAUUUGAGCGGGACCCUUCUCAUCGACUGGGUGUUGUGGGUAAUAUCCGAGGUCAGUCAUUCUUCAAGACUAUUAAUUGGUCUGCUUUGGAGAGGAGAGAAAUCGAACCCCCUUAUAAGCCAAAAGUGAAAGCGCCCAAUGACUGUAGCAAUUUUGACCAGGAGUUUUUAAGUGAGAAACCCCGCCUGUCCCAGUGUGAGAAAAGUUUGGUUGACUCAAUGGACCAGAGCGCCUUUGCUGGCUUUUCAUUCAUCAAUCAGAGUAUGGAGCAUCUCCUGCAGAAGUGAUGGUCAACCUGCUCCACCUAUUAACAAUAAAAAGAUGCAAUACAAAUGAAUGAUUAAACUACACAGCCGAUAUUUUUCUGUGUCAGACAGGUCCACUAGCUCUCUUCUUUCUCAAAAUAAAACCUAUUUUUUUGGGCAUGGAUUUUAGACUGCACCUAAGAUCAAUGGUGUUGUAAAUGUGCUAGGCAACCUUUCAGUGAACACCUAACAAAAGCCUGGAAAAGAAGUGGAUUGAAAUUUAAACACUGAAGCCAUUAGAUUCCUUCAGUAUAUCAGCUGGCCAUAACUGGCCCUCCAGGUUAUGUAUUUCAUUUUAGACUAACCCAUUCACAGUACAAUAUUUGGUGCACCCUUGCAAAGUCUGUGUAAAUUUUUGUUACAAUAACCAUUCAUUAUUGUAGUUCAGCAACAUUAGAAAACUAACUCUCAUUAAUUGUGUCCAUGAACACCACUGAUUAAUGCAGACUAAGGGUUAAUGGUUGAGUUUGUAAAAGAGGUUGCUCAAAGUGUAGACAAAAAGGUAUAGAUUAUGUACAGUUACAGUUGAAGUCAGAAUGUGCAUGUUAUAUUCUUGCUUUAUAUUGUAAGUUUAGAAGGAUAUAUUUAAGCUGUGCAUAUGUUGUAUGCAGUUUUGUUUUUUGUGUAUGCAUUUUAACGUUUAGAAAGGAAGUAAGUAAAAAUGCAUAUUAAAAUGUAUAUUAAACAUGCAUAUUUGCACACAUGAGUAACAUUUAAAUUAUUGUAAUAUCUUAUACUGUAUAUGUCUAUGGUGUAUUGUGAAAAGGUAUAUAUUUGGUAUAGGUUCUCUUGGCUUUAUGUGUGUGGUCUGUAUGUAGGUGGUGUGUGUGAAUAUUAGUGCAUUUAAGAUAUUUUUAUUACUUGCCAAUUAAACAUGAGCAUAUGAUCCAA